GCGGGCACUGGGUCAGAUGUUGGAUCGUCUGACUGGACAGCGGGCAUCGGGUCACCAGGCAUCAAGUCAUUUGGUUCGACAGCGAGCACCGCGUCAUCUGGCAAGGCAGUGGGCUCCGAGUCAACUGGCAUGACCGCGGGCACUGGGGCAGACAUUGAAUCGUCUGGCUGGACAGCGGGCAUCGGGUCACCAGGCAUCAGGUCAUUUGGCUCGACAGCGGGCACCGCGUCAUCUGGCAAGGCAGUGGGCACCGGGUCACCAGGCAUUAGAUCGUCUGGCUCGACAGCGGGCAUCGGGUCACCAGGCAUCAGGUCAUUUGGCUCGCCAGCGGGCACCGCGUCAUCUGGCAAGGCAGUGGGCACCGAGUCACCCGGUACGACAGCGGGCUCCCGAGUCAAUUGGCACGACAGCGGGCACCGGAUCAGGUACUGGAUCAUCUGGAUCAACAGCGGGCAUCGAGUCAACUGG